AUGCUUCUUAGAGCAGGCCUCAGAUCGACGCUAGGGCCUUCGAGGUGGCUUUUCCAGGCCAGCGUGAAUCCCAUAAACCCUUUGCUGGUCGUGUGCCGCCGCUGGAACUCCAACUUGCCCCAGGACUUCAACCCCAAGAAGAACCUUCCUUCAGAGGGCGAAUGGAAACACUUGAAACAACACAUUCCUGGCGAGGGCGACCAAACCAACAAGCUCAAAGACCGUCUUCCGAAGUUCCCGUUGGAGAAAGAGAAUGUGCCUACGCUUUUACCUAGACCUGGCGUGCCCAGAGUGGGGCCUAACAUGUCGUUUAGACAGGUGAUUCUGAUUCUUAAGAAUAAGACCAAGCCAGAGCUUUUAUACGAGCUGGAGCCACAUAGACUCUACUUUUUGGCGUGCUUUUGCUGUGCCAUUGUGUUUACUGUGUAUGGCUGUGUGUUGCUAGAAUGGGCAUGGUACCAGGCCAAUAAGGACUACGAGGAGAACGAGAAGGAGCUUGCAGAAGCUAUUAGAAAGAGAGAGUGGGUCACGUCGUUGGCGAAAUACGGUAUUAUGGGUGUUAUUAUGCUUUUUAUGGCGUACCAGACCGCUACGUUCCCUACAAGACUCAUUAGAAGAAUGUGGUACUUGCCAGGCCCCGUUGAGCACAUCAAGUUCACGUCGUAUCCUUUGCUUCCGGGAAGACCUUCUCCUGUGUUUACUGUGCCAUUGAGAGACUUGAACAGAAAGCAUAAAGCCAGAGUAUGGACAGGAAGAGGUUUUUACGGUACGGCCGAUAGCUCUUUGUUCUUUUUCGUGUUGAGGGAGGAAACCACAAAGAAGUCGUGGAUUGUCGACAGAAAGGGUUUCUUCUGGUCGGACGGAAGAGUGUUUGAUCUUCUCUUCGGUAAGGAAACUAUUGCCGAAGCCGAGGCUGGUAUUCCUUAUGACGAGCAAAUCGGCAUUGUGAACCGUGAAGUGAAGAAGAAAAAGAAGAAGUUGAGAGAGCAGCACGGGCCUUUCUGGCAGUUGAAGCUAGGCGCCAAGGACUUUAAGGAGGAUGUGGGCAAGGCCACGAAGUAUGUUACUGGUGGAGCUGCGAAGAAGGACCCCAAGGCCUUGCCCAAAGCCAGCAAGCCAGACCUGAGAUUCAAGGCUAAAAAGUAG